GGCUCGCUGUCAGAGCACGCUGACCUCACAUGUGGCACACUGACUUUAUACCAUCUCAACCAGCUCUACAUUAGACUUCUAUCUCCUUUACUAAUUACUCUUUAGUUCAAGUGGGAAAAAAGAGAGGCAUAACUGGAAUGUAAAAAUCUGAUGACCUCAAUUUCAGAACUAUAUAUCUGGCUGUCCUCCCUCCUGAGCGAUGCCUCGUUCUUUCUUGGUGAAGCGAGGAGGGCUGCAUCACCUCCGGCACCCAGCAAGAAGCCCCAGCCCUGGAUCAACCCCAGUGACUUUUAGCCAAAUAGAAGUAAAGAAAGGGUUCUGGUAUACAUCCCUGUGGGACUCCACAGCUGAAAUAAAAUAUCACAUUGAUAAAGAGCCCAUUGCAUUGAUGCAGCAAGACCUUCAGGCUGCCAAACACAUAAAUAGAAGUGAGAUCCCUCAGGCACUCAGUCCUAAAUCUUAUGACUGUAAAUCUGCUGAGCUCUGCAGUCCACUCAAUGUUAAUACUUUAAGUACCACAGAGAAAGUCGAUUCUCAUCCUCCCAAACCAGCCAUAUGCUCCAGAACUCCUGUGAACACAGACUCUCAGGAUAAACUGUCUCUGGGACUGGGGGACUUGACUCAGCACCCACAGAUCCUGAGAGAGAUGAGGAGGCAAGACUGUCCACUCUGCAGCAAAAUAUUUUCAUGUCUGUCAAGUCUAAAGACCCAUAUACGCAGGAGUCAUGGAGGCAGAUCACUUCUGAAGUCCAGUGGGACUGAAAGGAAAAGUGCACCAUACAGGAGCAACAAGGAGAGGACGUUUGGCUGCUCAGUGUGUGGAAAAGUGUUCAAGCGCUCUUCCACCCUCUCCACCCACCUGCUCAUACAUUCAGACACCCGGCCUUACCCCUGCCAGUACUGCGGCAAGAGCUUCCACCAGAAGUCUGACAUGAAGAAACACACCUUCAUACACACUGGAGAGAAGCCCCAUGUGUGUCAGAUCUGUGGGAAGGCCUUCAGCCAGAGCUCCAACCUCAUCACCCACAGCCGCAAACACCGGGACGUACGGCCAUACUGCUGUCCUCACUGCCUCUACGGCUUCCAGCAUAAAGUGGAGCUGCGGCAGCACCAGGAACAUCACUGCAGCUACCGUUCACUGUGAUACAGCCGGGGUCAGCCAUGCUUCAUCUUCUCUGAUGAGAAGCAGAAACUUAAAGCGGCACAGGAAACCCAGUCUGCUGUCAGAGAAAGUAGAAAUCUUAAACUCAUAAGUUAA